AUGUAUAUACGCUUAUUUGCAUUGUAGUUUAUAUACGUAUAUACCCAUGUACAUAUGCACAUACAAAUAUUGAUUUAUUACGUUGCAUAAAGCACAAACAAUUGUUAUGAGGAUAACUGUAUGCGGAUGGACAAAAUGGUAUAAUAGGAGCAGUGCUAACAAGCAUUGCUCAUUAGCUAGGCAUACGUGGCACGCGUCGCAAUGUGGGUCACACGAGUAGUGGAAGAGGGAUCAAACCUCCACGUCAGCUGCGCAAUUAGCGAUACGAAAUCAGCUGCUGAAUUACCUACAGUGAUGAAAAAGUUGGUACAAUCGUACCUUGAUUUAGUUUGAUAGUACAUUCGGUACAAACACACACAGCCCUAACACUGAAUCCAUCGUAGAAAAGUUACGAAUUCGAAUGUCCGCUACGAAUACGAAAGAAUUGCUAUUACUGAAUCCAUGUGAACUCGAAAAAAGUGCUGCCAAACUCAAAUGUAAAUUUUCGGCCAUUCGAAAUCAGCUGUUGUGAAGUAAACAAAGCGUUUGAGCAAAAUUAUCAUGCUGUAAAACUUCUUAAACUAAUAUUUUGUUAAAAUGGAUACCGUAGCUUGUGCGAUCGUCUUAAUAGAAGAAAAUUAUCAAAGUAAUAACUUAAAAAUUCAAAGGAAAACUCUAAGAGAUGCGAGUAAUCCACUUGAUUUAGACGAGGCUAUAGGCGGGAAGCGCAAUUCAUGCCAGGUCAACAUCAAUGAAUCAAAUCACACGCCUGGCAUCUGUGCUACGCUUUCUUUCGGAAGGCAGCUAUCAACACGGCGUUGGAAAAGAUUUUGAUGCACCAAUGGCUCAAUCAACGUUUUCCGGUAUUUUAAAAUCCACACUAGCAGUCCUGCAAGCACGUUUAUGUCCUCAUUGGGUAAAUCUGAAUAUGACAGACGAAGAAAAACAAAAAGCCAAAAGGCAUUUUUAUACCAAGUAUAGGCUUCCGGGCGUUAUUUUGUGUGUGGAUGGAACGCAUAUAAAAAUCGUUUCACCAAAGGAGGACAUAUUUCUUUUUUAUAAUCGGAAAGGUUUCUUCAGCAUCAAUGCCAUGAUUAUUUGUGACAAUGAAAUGCGAAUCAGGUACGUCAAUGCAGAAUUCCCAGGAUGUAAUCACGAUUCUCACAUAUGGAAUGUGAGUAAUGCAAGGUCCUUUUGUGAGAGGAAAUAUUUAGAAGGCGAGAGGAAUUGCUUAUUAUUAGGUGACGCCGGAUAUGCAUUGGAGCCAUGGUUAAUGACUCCGUUUCGUUCACCACAAUUAGGUAGCCCAGAGAGUGUAUACAACAAAGCAAACUCAAAAGCAAGGAAUAUAGUGGAAAGAACUAUUGGAGUUUUGAAAAGUCGUUUCAGAUGUCUUUUCGGAGCUCGUGAACUCCACUACGAACCCUCAAAAGUAAGCCAAAUCGUGAACGUGGCAGCGGCUUUACACAACAUUUGCUUGCACUACCGCGUUAUAGAUGAUGUACCAGAAUAUGUUCCAGAACCAUUAUCCCUCAGCGAAGCCCAUGAAACAGCAGCCACUAGCACUAAUGAAGCCGCAUCACAGAUUAGGCAAUCCAUUUUGAUGACACUUUUAUAAUAAAUACUGAUAUUUAUCUAAUUAGCAAAAUAAACAAAACUA